AUGAAUACGCUUCAUGAAUAUUAAUUAUAAGUGCCUUUAACUAAGCAACAUGAAAAAACUACUGAACAGUCAAAUGUUGAAGGGAGUCUUACAUUAAGUAGGGAGAGAUUUAUUUAAAAAUAAAAGAAAUUAGUAAUUGAUAUCUUUUCUCUUAGUAAAUUAAUACAACCAGAUUGAUACCUAUUGCCAGUGAAAAAUUACCUAGAUUGUCUCAAAGCAAAUCUCCAAUCUAAUCAAAAAUAGCCAGAGCGAUAACAGAGUAUCAAGCACCAUCAAAAUAAUAAGCAAUGAAAUUUUUUAAAGCGAAUACAAAUACAGAAAAUGAAGGAAUCAUCUAUACUGAUGAUGAAAGAGCAAAGCUGAAAUUCAGGAGAGAGGAGAAAAAACCAAAAACUACUAAUUAUAAAGCAGGCCUUUAUGAAAAUACUUAGAAUAAAAAAUUUGCUGAGUUUGCAGAAUAGAUCAGAAAACUCAAAGAUUAAUUGGAUUCUUUAUAGGUAUGCUUAUGUAUCUUACCAAGAAAUACUUGAACAAUUCACGAAAGCUGUUUUUAGUAGUUAGAAAUAUUGUUGAAAAAAGAAAAAACCUUAGGAAAAUUCUAUUAAAGAAUGGUAAAGAUGAACUUGUAGAACUUUCAGACAUCGAAAAACUUUGCAGUGUAAAAGAAUUCGUCAAUAUCAAUGGAGAAUAAAAACUUAUUGAUAAAUUGAAUAUCUCCUUAUUAGAUGACAUUAUCUAUGCAAAUGAGGUCUUAGAGAAUUUAAAAAUUUAGAAUGAAAUUCUAGAUAUCAAGGAAAUGGCUGAUUAAGUAUGUUUUAAUGAAAAUUAUGAUUAUAAUAGAAAAAAAUUAAAUAAACAGGUUGAACAAGAUUUUAAAAAUCAAUUAGGAGGAAGAUUUGAAGUUAUCCUUCACAUCUAUUGCAAUGUCAAGGUACAAUUUGCAUGAAUAAAUUGAAACCUUCGAAUAACGAUUAGGCCCUCUCUAGUCAAUUAAAAAAAAUUUAAAGCAAACCUCUUCAGCUAUUACCACAUUUGUAAAAUUGUUAUGUGAUAAGUGA